AUGAUAGGAAAGGUGAUUCGGAUUCCGGCUUAUAUAGGUGGAGGAGCCGCAGCGCUUGGGUCUUAUGUUGCUUAUAAAGUUAAUGAGGCGGGAUCAUUUACUGGCGAACAGCUUUCUAAGUUUAAGGAUUUUACUGGGGACAUGAGAGAAAGACUAGGUGAUUGGUUGCAGAAGGAUGGCCAAUCUGGAGAUGGCGGAAAUAAUAGUAACAAUAACGGUUCCGAUACUGUAGCAGCUGCUACAUUACUGGCUUCAAUGUCGGAUGAUGAAAGCGAUGAAGAUAAAAAGACAAAGGAAGGAGAAGAUGACGAUGAAGACGAUGAAGACGAAGAAGACGACGAAAAUGAUGAAACCGAGGAUAACACACAGGAUGAAAUGUUGAACUUAACUAAACAGAUGAUUGAAAUCAGAUCUAUUCUAAACAAGGUGGACUCUAGCUCAGCUAACCUAACAUUGCCAUCUAUAGUGGUUAUCGGUUCUCAGUCAAGUGGUAAAUCUUCUGUCUUGGAAUCCAUAGUUGGCAAGGAUUUCUUACCAAAGGGUUCGAAUAUGGUAACACGAAGACCAAUAGAGUUAACCUUAGUCAAUACCCCUAACUCACAAGAAAUAACAGCUGAUUUCCCAAGUUUGAGAAUAUAUAAUUUGAAAGAUUUCAAGGAAGUUAAGCGUCUUCUUAUGGAAAUGAAUAUGGCCGUACCAAGUACAGAAGCAGUGUCUGAUGAUCCAAUCCAACUAACCAUAAAAUCUGCUACUGUUCCUGACCUUUCAUUAGUGGAUCUUCCCGGAUAUAUUCAAGUCGAGGCUGUUGACCAGCCGUUAGAACUAAAGUCCAAGAUUCGCCAGUUAUGUGACAAAUAUCUCGAAGAUCCAAAUAUAAUUUUAGCUAUAUCUGCUGCUGAUGUUGAUCUUGCUAAUAGUGCGGCUCUCCGUGCCUCGAAAGUUGCCGAUCCCCAAGGAUUGAGAACGAUUGGUGUUAUUACAAAACUCGAUCUCGUUGAUGCCAAAACAGCAAGAGCCAUUCUUAAUAAUAAAAAAUACCCACUAAAAAUGGGUUACGUUGGUGUUAUUACAAAAAGCCCACAAUCGAACACUGUGCAUCGAUUGUUUGAUAAUAAAUCAUCAGGAAACGGCUUUUUCUCUAAAAAGGGGGACCAAGCGGAGACGUUGGCUAUAACUCAAACGAAGCAGUUCGAACGUUCUUUUUUUAAAGAGCAUAAGAAGGAUUUCUCCACAUGUCAAGUUGGAACUAAGAAACUAAGAGAAAAGCUAAUUAAAAUCUUAGAAGUUUCUAUGAGCAAUGCCCUUGAACCAACUUCAAGAUUAAUACAACAGGAAUUAGAUGAUACUGCAUAUUUGUUUAAGGUGGAAUUUAACGAUCGUCAAUUAACUCCAAAAUCAUACUUAUUAAACAAUGUUGAUGUGUUAAAAGUCGCAAUCAAGGAGUUUCAAGAAAAGUUCAGUAGAAAUGAUUUGAAGUCUAUACUCAAAGCGGAUUUAGAUCAAAAGGUCCUUGAUUUACUUGCUGUUAGAUAUUGGAAAGACUUAAACUUGUCUGAACUUUCAAAUACAAGGGACGAAAUAGACGAAUCAUCGGCACUUUAUUGGCACAGAAAACUAGAGUUAGCUCAAUCUAGUCUAACUAAAAUUGGAGUGGGAAGGCUUUCAACCAGUUUAGUCACAAACGCUAUUAUCCAAGAGUUGACUAACAUCCUAAACCAGUCACAACUAAGAAAUCAUGACUUAAUCAAAGAAUUGGUCACCAACACUGCCGUAAACGUAUUGAAUUCAAAGUAUUAUUCUACCGCGGAUCAAGUAGAGAAUUGUAUCAAACCAUUUAAGUACGAAAUUGAUCUGGAAGAUAGAGAUUGGUCUCUCGCUCAAGAACAUUCAAUUGCACUAGUUAAAGAAGAACUACGUCAGUGUAAUGAGAGGUAUAAUAUGAUUAAGAAUGGGGUUGGCAGUAGAAAAUUAAGCCAGGUAGUGCAAUUUUUAAAGCAAGAUCCUAAUAGGAAAGAGACUCUUGGGUUUUCUGCCCUUUUAUUAGAACGAGGACAUGAAGCAAUGUUCUUACAAGACAGAUCUGCUCUAUUAAACUUUAGAUUGAAGUUUUUGAAGAAUAAGUGUUUCUCAGUAAGCCAGAAGGAUAAAUGCCCUGAGGUGUUCUUAAAUGCAGUUAGCGACAAAUUAACGUCUACUGCUGUUCUUUUCUUAAACGUGGAGCUAUUAAGUGAUUUCUUCUACAACUUUCCAAUAGAGUUAGAUAAGAAGUUAAGUCAAUUAUCAGAUGAGCAAGUUGAAAUGUUUGCUAAAGAGGAUUCCAGGAUUGCAAGACAUAUUGAAUUACAAAAGCGUAAAGAGUUAUUAGAACUCGCUUUAGAGAAGAUUGACUCAAUUCUAGUGUUUAGGAAAUCAUAUAAAGGCCUGUCGCAGCCAAAGUGA